CCUCGACCGACGCCCGCCCCGAACCUCCCUCCGAAAUCCCUGCUGCGCUGCCGUUCGAACCGUCCCAAUUGACACCACCGAGGCCUCUGCGGAAGAAGCUCGUCGGCGACGUUGACCGCUCUCCCGCUGUGAAGCCACGUUUACUCCCCGCCCUCGCUCCCACAAUUCCUCUACUCGGGGCCACGGCACGGGUAGCCUGCCACACGUCGAGUAAUUCGUUAUCCAAGCGGUACUGGGGCGCCCCGAAACCCGAGAUCACGCUGCGACCAGCCCCGCGAGCUCGACAGGACGAACCUCUCGAGCGUUUGGGGCUCACGCCGCCAUCAUGAGCUACAACAAGAAAGAUGAGGAUGGGGGGCAGAUUGUUGCUGUGGACAAGACGUCGGUCUUCCAAGAAGCGCGAGUCUUCAAUGCGAGUCCCAUAAGUCCACGAAAAUGUCGAAUCAUACUCACAAAGUUGGCGCUGCUGUUAUUUACAGGAGAGAACUUUGCUAGGCAAGAGUCGACCACCCUCUUCUUCGGCAUCUCGAAGCUUUUCCAGAACCGCGAUGCAUCUCUACGACAAAUGGUGUACUUGGUUAUUAAGGAGCUCGCUGCCUCCAGCGACGAUGUGAUAAUGGUCACGAGUUCCAUCAUGAAAGACACAGCCGUUGGAUCAGACGUUGUUUUCAGGCCGAACGCUAUUCGCGCCCUAUGCAGAGUCAUCGAUGCGUCUACAGUUCAAGCAAUUGAACGUCUCAUCAAAACAGCAAUCGUCGACAAGACGCCUUCGGUGUCUUCGGCCGCUCUAGUUUCCUCAUACCAUCUUCUUCCAGUCGCUCGAGACGUGGUGCGAAGAUGGCAGAGCGAGACCCAGGAAGCUGCAUCGUCAUCGAAGUCUUCGGGUGGCUUCAGCCUGGGUUUCGGAGGGAGCAGUCAUACUACCCUUCAAACCUCAUCAAAUUACAUGACCCAAUACCACGCAAUUGGCCUCUUGUACCAGAUGCGGUCCGGCGACCGCAUGUCCUUGGUGAAGAUGGUCCAGCAAUACUCCGCGGCUGGUGCCGUGAAAUCGCCCGCCGCUACCGUCCUAUUGGUCCGACUUGCAGCAAAGCUGGCAGAAGACGAUUCAAAUCUGCGGAAACCUAUGAUGACCGUUCUGGAUGGAUACCUGCGACACAAGGCCGAGAUGGUCAACUUCGAAGCUGCCAAGGCCAUUGUCGACAUGAGGGAUAUUACUGAUGCUGAGCUUGUUCAGACCGUCCAUGUUCUUCAACUUUUCCUCACGUCUCCACGCGCUGUGACGAAGUUUGCGGCUCUCCGUAUCCUGUCUACUCUGGCUUCCUUCAAACCAGAAGCUGUGCGAACAUGCAAUCCCGACAUCGAAAGCCUCAUAACGAACAGCAAUCGUUCUAUCGCAACUUUCGCCAUCACAACGCUGCUGAAAACCGGCAACGAAUUAUCGGUAGACCGUCUCAUGAAGCAAAUUAGCGGAUUUAUGUCGGAAAUCACCGAUGAGUUCAAGGUCACCAUCGUUGAGGCGGUUCGGACAUUGAGUCUGAAGUUUCCUAGCAAGCAGUCCGGAUUCUUGGCCUUCCUCAGUGGCAUUCUUCGGGACGAAGGCGGUUACGAGUUCAAGCGGGCUGUCGUCGAAGCCAUCUUCGAUUUGAUCCGAUUCGUGCCUGAGGCCAAAGAGGACGCGUUGGCAACGCUGUGCGAGUUCAUUGAGGACUGCGAGUUCACCAAGCUGGCUGUCCGGAUUUUACAUCUCCUAGGACGAGAAGGCCCAAGUACUCCACAUCCAACGAAGUAUAUCCGAUACAUCUACAACCGUGUGGUUCUAGAGAACGCCAUCGUGCGCGCGGCAGCAACUUCGGCCCUCGCAAAGUAUGGUGUUGCUCAAAAGGAUCCGGAGCUGAAGAAGUCUGUCAAGGUUCUUCUCACGCGCUGUCUUGAUGAUGUGGACGAUGAGGUGCGAGAUCGCGCUGCUCUAAACCUACGACUAAUGGACGAGGACGAUGAAAUGGCGGGCCGCUUUAUUCGAAUGGAUUCCAUGUACUCUCUCCCAACCCUGGAGCACCAACUGGUUAUGUAUGUUACUGCCGACGGGCGGGAUACAUUUGCGCAACCUUUCGAUAUUUCCAAGAUUCCUACCGUCAGCCGAGAGCAAGCCGACGCCGAAGAUCGCACAAAGAAGCUCACACAUGCCACGCCUACUAUCAAAGCACCCACAGUUGCUGGUCCGAAACCGACAUCGAAAGCUGGUAUCGAGGCAGCAUCGGCACUGCAACAGAAGUAUACAGAGCAGCUCCAAACAAUCCCCGAGCUUGCGUCUUAUGGUGGUUUGUUGAAGUCGAGCGCCGUAGCAGAAUUGACCGAGUCGGAGACGGAAUACGUUGUAAGCUGCAUCAAGCAUAUCUUCAAAGACCAUAUUGUGCUGCAAUAUGAGAUCAAGAACACAUUGCCAGACACGGUCCUCUUAGACGUACAGAUCCUUGCAUCGCCCGAGGACGACGGUGAUGUUCAGCUAGAAGAGGAAUUCGUCAUCCCAGCACCGAAGCUGGUAACCAACGAGCCAGGAACUGUAUAUGUUUCGUUCAAGCGGCUUGAGACUGAGUCACAGUUCAUCGCAGCCUCCUUCACCAACACGCUCAGAUUCACCAGCAAGGAGAUAGAUCCGAGCACAGGCGAGCCGGAGGAUGGCGAUGGGUACGAGGACGAAUACCAGGUUGAGGAUCUGGAACUCACUGGAGCGGAUUACCUGGUGCCAGCGUACGCGGGAAGCUUCGACAACGUGUGGGAGCAGGCUGGCGCUGGCGAAGAGGCAACGGAGACGCUGCAGCUAUCCAACGUCAAGAGCAUCGCCGAUGCCGUUGAGCAGCUUACAAAAACGCUCUCGCUCCAGGCACUCGAAGGCACCGAUGUCGCCCUCUCGCCAUCGACGCACACGCUCAAGCUGUACGGUAAGACGAUUACAGGUGGCAAGGUUGCGGCGACGGUCCGGAUGGCGUUCUCGGCGCGCACGGGAGUGACGAUGAAGAUGGACGUCAGGGCUGAGGAGGAGGGCGUAGCGGCGCUGGUUGUUGGAAGUGUUGCUUGAGGGUCGGAGGAUGCCUUUGAUGAAAAGAUGCUGUGGAUGUGGAUGAGGCACGAAGGAUGGGAUGAGUAGACGGCUGCUCGCUUAGCGGAGGGCAUAAUGUCUUGUGGUCUGCUGCACUGCACGGCUGGC